AUGAGUCUAGCCGUUCAACUGACUGCCCCCAAUGGGCGCACCUACAAGCAGCCCACCGGUCUGUUCAUAAACAACGAAUGGGUCAAGUCCUCAGAUGGCGGCAAGAUAACUUCAAUAAACCCAUCAAAUGAGCAGGAAAUCACAUCCGUCUACGCCGGCACCUCCCAAGACGUGGACAAAGCCGUCCGCGCAGCCCGCCGCGCCCUCCGAACACCCGCCUGGAGGGAUCUCUCAGCAACCGACCGCGGAAAGCUCCUCAACCGGCUAGCUCAGCUCGUCGAGGAACACAAAGAGGUUCUGGCCACGAUUGAGACCUGGGAUAAUGGCAAGCCAUACUCUGUCUCUCUCAACGAUGACCUGACUGAGGUUGCCGAGACCCUGAGGUACUACAGCGGGUUUGCCGAUAAGGUGUUUGGACAGGUCAUUGAGACGACUGGCGAUAAGUUUGGGUAUACUAUCCGUGAACCUGUUGGUGUUUGCGGCCAGAUCAUCCCAUGGAAUUUCCCCCUCGCUAUGGCAGCUUGGAAGCUCGGUCCUGCUCUAGCAUGCGGUAACACCGUAAUCCUCAAGCCCGCCGAGCAAACACCUCUCUCAAUCCUCUAUCUAGCCAACCUCGUCGUCGAAGCAGGCUUCCCACCUGGAGUCGUCAACAUCGUCAACGGCCUCGGAACAGUUGCUGGCGCAGCUUUGGCGUCACACAUGGACGUCGACAAGAUUGCCUUCACGGGCUCUACGCCCACAGCCCGGCAGAUCAUGAAGAUGGCCAGCAACAACCUGAAAAACAUCACAUUAGAAACCGGCGGCAAGAGUCCUCUUAUCGUGUUUGAUGAUGCUGAUGUUGAUCUGGCUGCUUACUGGGCCCAUGCCGGUAUCAUGUACAACCAGGGUCAAAUAUGCACUGCAACAAGUCGCAUUCUCGUCCAAGAAGGCAUCUACGACAAGUUCAUGGCAGCUUUCAAAGCGCAAGUGAAGAAAAUCUCAAAGGUCGGCGAUCCCUUCGACGAGAGCACCUUCCAGGGUCCUCAAGUCACCAAGGCCCAGUACGACCGAAUCCUAUCUUAUGUCGAGGUCGGCAAGAAAGAAGGCGCCAAGCUAGAACUCGGCGGCCAGCCCUUUAAGAACGUAGGCGAUGGCAAAGGCUACUUUGUCGAACCUACUGUUUUCACUGGAGUGUCGCCCAAGAUGCGGGUCUUCCAGGAAGAAGUAUUUGGCCCGUUCGUUGUAGUGAGCAAGUUCAGUGCCGAAGAAGAUGCCAUUGCUUUAGCCAACGAUAGCGAGUUUGGCCUCGGUAGUGCUCUGUUUACCACGAACUUGACUAGAGCGCAUCAGGUUGCGAAGAAGAUUGAGGCGGGUAUGGUGUGGAUUAACUCCAGCAAUGACAGUGACUGGCGAAUUCCGUUUGGUGGUGUCAAGCAGAGUGGUAUUGGACGGGAGUUGGGCGAGGCUGGUCUUGCGGCUUAUUCUAAUAUCAAGGCUGUGCAUGUGAAUAUUGCAGCAAAGUUGUAA